AUGGGAAAUUAUUUGAGAAGUAAUAACAAGAUUCCGUCACAAGAUUAUGAGAAGCAUGAGACAGCAAAGGAAUUCGAAACCCUAGAAGCAACAAAAACAGCAAUUGCAUUGCCAUCCAAGUUGAAGCAGGAGAAGAAGUCUGUGAGGUUUAAUUUACAAGAAGAUCAAGAAAUCGGCAGACGUAGAGGAAAUAUUCCUGAUGAUUCGAAUAGUGGUGGGGCUGUGAGGAUUAGUCUGGUGGUGACUCGGGAGGAGUUGAAACAGCUGCUGAAUUAUAAGAAAGAUUCAAACCACUCUUCUUUGGAGGAAUUGAUGAGUGCUCUGAAGUCCAGAGGAACUAGGGUUUCCGAAAUUAAUGGAACGAGUGGGGAUGAUAAAAGCAUAAGCAGUGGUAGUUGCUGGAGGCCAACUUUAGAGAGCAUUCCAGAGGAUCAAUAUUGA